UAACGUGUAAUAGUCACAUUAAUGCUAUAGCUAUCGGAUAAUUCUAUAUUCCCCCUUUUCUUAUAAUUAUGAUAUUGCUUGCUGAUAGCAUUUAUCAGUCCCAAAAUUAACACCCACAACAACAUUCGAGGUCAUGCGAGUAUAAAUAAUUUACCUAUCAUAGUAGAACAUAACAACUACAUUGUUCAGUCUGUCAGUCGUGAUCUCAAAGUACGGUAAACUAACAGGGAUAUGGUAUCUGAUCGUUCAAGUACAAAUAUGCAACAAUGCUCAAAGGUUUUAGUAUAAGAGGUAGACAGAAAAGAAACAUCCGGUAUCAGAAUUUUAUCCGCAUAUUAUAUUCGGUACAAGACCUGAAUUUGCUAUCAUAUCCCAUAAUCCCUUAACCUAGUAUCUGCAUAUCAAAAGUCAAAUAUUCACAAUGGCACCGAAGCUUCAAUUCGACGUCAUGGCGAGAGUUGCCCAACACAUGGAGAUUUGGCAAUGUCUCCGAAUGGGACGUAUGAAUAAGAAAUUAAAUAAUGUGGUCUUCAACCACACCGUAAGAUAUAUUUUCGAGAAUCCGCAGCGAUAUCGCGCUCUUCAACCGAUCGAGUAUGCUUUCACAACUGGUAAUAUUGGCCUGUUGACUACUCUUCGUGACAUAGUAGUUACAAGUAAUGUGAGGGUUCCACAGGGUUGGUCGUACACAGUGGAUUUUGGUUCAGUUGUGCGAGAAGUUCUCGACUUUGAGUCCAUGAAGCAAUGCCUCACGAACCCCGAGGGCUAUAAGUGCUUUCAACUUCUCAUCGACACGGCUAUUUCGACAGGCACUGUGCCUUCCUUGGACCUCUGGGGCAUACAUAGUCCUUCGAUGUUACUGGGAAAUUCCAUAAAACAAGACUGUUAUGACGCCGUCGCAGUUAUUCUGAGACGGCGAACAGAACUUGGCCUUGACCGUUUCUUGAGCGAGAUGUGCUUCGAAAACAUUCCUGUAAUGGAUGGUUAUCUUUCUCAAUAUCAUGUCUCGGAAAGAAUGAUUGAAUGUCUUAUUAUCUGCACUGGCUUGCCAUUUCACUCCGCCUGUGGCAUGGCAUUUGUAGGUGCCAUCAAUUUUCUUCUUACGAAUAGCCCGGAGUUACAGAACAGUCCGGACCAAGUGUUAGCUGGUUUCGAUCAUCUUAUUACGUCCCCAUCCUGGUAUGGCAACCCGGGUGAAUCGGGCCGAAGCAUCAUGAGGUGCAUUAACGCGCUUGGCAGGUUUAUUCGGACUAAAACCGGAGCGCCAGUUCCUGUCGAUACGGUAGGGAAGCUGCUAAAUCAAAUAUGGAGAAUUAUUAAUCCAAUUGUAAGAUUCGUGGCAGGUGUUGGUGACGCAGAAGGCGUAACCCAAGAGCAAUUAUUAGAUGAAAUGACUCGAUCUGUCUGGUGCCAGCAAUAUUCUAGAGUAUUCAACGCCAUCAUCGAUCUGAAUCCAAGGUUCUCAAAUAUUCCGAAUAGGAACGCUGAUGGGACUGCACGGCUAGGACAUGUACGCUUUGUCGACCUCGUUAACCGAGAAAAUAUCAAUCUUCCCCUGAAUUUCAACUGGAAUGCGUAUGAUAGGAGUAUUUUCAAUGGGGGCCAGGUACCUGACGAUGGUGAUAAUUGAAGAUGUUCUUGAUUAUCCAUCUAAGAGUAUUAAGAGAUACAUAUACCUAGAUUAGCAUUGUUUUAUACAAAAGUAUUGUUUAAUAAAUAUUCAGUUAAUC